CCCCUGCGGUGCGCCCAGCCGAUGCUUCGCCCUCCCCAGUAACGGUGACCGCUGCCACUACCUACCACUCGGCGCUCCGCUGGUCGUUGAGGAAGGCCGGAGCCAUGGCGGCCGAGGCCCUGGCAGCAGAGGCCGUGGCUUCGCGCCUGGCGCGACAGGAGGAAGACAUCCGCUGGCUGUGGGCGGAGGUCCAGCGCCUGAGGGACGAACAGCUAAACGCACCCGACCAAUGCCAGGCCGAGGGGCCGUGCCUCACGCGGGAGGUGACGCAGCUCCGGGCCGAGAACCGCGACCUGCGCUACCGCCUAUACCGCCUGCGGCUGUGCCUUGCCGAAGAGCUGAGCCACCAGAUGAAGCUGGAAAGGGCGGCGCGGGCGGCGGCGCAGGAGGAGGCCGAGCGCGCGACUGCCGGCGUGCAGCCUCCUUCUAGUCAAAAGCAAGAAAAGGACAUUAAAAAGAAGAAGGUGGAAAGCGGGCCCAACAGUGAGGUGAAAAAUCAAUCAAAUUUCAUAAACGAAAGAUUGAAGCUUUUUGAAAUGUUGAAGAAAGAGCAUCAGCUGUUAUCUGCCGUUUAUGAAAAAAAGGGGAAUACAAGUAAUACGAUCAGAGUAAGACUGGCUGAUGGGAAAACAGUGGAAGGGGAAGUUUGGAAGACAACACCUUAUCAAGUGGCUGCUGAUAUUAGUCAAGAACUGGCUGAAAGCACAGUAGUAGCCAAAGUCAAUGGUGAAUUGUGGGACUUGGACCGUCCACUGGAGGGGGAUUCCAAGCUGGAGCUGCUCAUGUUUGAUAAUGAAGAAGCUCAAGCUACCUUCCUGACUCUCCGGGGGAGCGGAAGCAGCGCUGUUACUUUGUAUUUCAUGUCCUGCUCAUCCCGGCAUAAAGCAGUGUCGAGCACAGAGCUGUCAGCGCUGGAGAACAUAUGUAAGGCCAUCCUCAAAGAAAAGCAACCUUUUGAAAGGUUAGAAGUCAGCAAGGAAGUUCUCCUGGAAAUGUUUAAGUACAGUAAGUUUAAAUGCCGCAUCCUGAAUGAGAAGGUUAACACUCCAACUACCACAGUGUACAGGUGCGGUUCACUAAUUGACCUUUGUAAAGGCCCCCAUGUAAGACACACUGGAAAAAUUAAAACCAUAAAAAUUUUCAAGAAUUCUUCAACAUAUUGGGAGGGCAAUUCUGAAAUGGAAACACUGCAGAGGAUCUAUGGGAUAUCCUUUCCUGAUAACAAGAUGAUGAAAACCUGGGAAAAGUUCCGAGAGGAAGCCAGGAGCCGAGAUCACAGGAAAGUCGGGAAGGAACAAGAACUUUUCUUUUUCCAUGACCUGAGCCCUGGAAGCUGUUUUUUUCUUCCCAGAGGAGCCUUCAUUUAUAACACACUUAUGGAUUUCAUACGAGAGGAGUAUCACCGCCGGAACUUCACGGAAGUGCUCUCUCCCAACAUGUACAAUAGCAAGCUCUGGGAAGCGUCGGGCCACUGGCAGCAUUACAGCGCGAACAUGUUUACCUUCAACGUUGAGAAGGACACUUUUGCCCUUAAGCCCAUGAAUUGUCCAGGGCACUGCCUAAUGUUUGCCCAUCGUCCGCGAUCCUGGAGGGAAAUGCCUAUUAGAUUUGCAGAUUUUGGAGUUCUUCAUAGAAAUGAACUGUCAGGAACUUUAAGUGGCUUGACCCGAGUUAGACGCUUCCAGCAGGAUGACGCUCACAUCUUCUGCACAGUGGAGCAGAAAUCAAGACCUGGGUCCUGUAAGGAUGGGGACGAUAAGAAGAAUCCUGUGAUCAUUCAUCGAGCCAUUUUGGGGUCAGUGGAAAGAAUGAUAGCCAUUCUCUCAGAAAACUAUGGGGGGAAAUGGCCAUUCUGGCUAUCUCCUCGUCAAGUGAUGAUCAUCCCUGUGGGGCCAACUUGUGAAAAAUAUGCACUUCAGGUAUCCAGUGAAUUUUUUGAAGAAGGAUUCAUGACCGACGUUGAUUUAGAUCAUAGUUGCACACUGAAUAAGAAAAUACGAAAUGCGCAGCUGGCUCAGUAUAAUUUUAUUUUGGUGGUUGGAGAGAAUGAAAAAACAAAUCAUGCUGUAAAUGUUCGAACAAGAGACAACAAAAUUCAUGGAGCGAUUUCAGUAACUUCUGCUAUUGAUAAAUUGAAGAAUCUCAAGAUAUCACGAACACCAAAUGCUGAAGAAGAGUUUUAAAGUCCUUCCUUGUAGGCCCUUCUAGGUAACCUUGUUUUGACCCCUGAAAAUGCAUUUUUCUUAAUUAAUGUUAAUACUUCUGAGAACUUUGGACCCACUGACAGGUCCCCUGAUGAUGCAGAGAGAAAUGAGACAAUGAAUGAGUAGCUGAUAUGUACAGUUUAACUCACUAGUAGGUCUUGAGGACAAGAAGAGGACAAGCUUGGGAAGCUUAAUUUUCCAAAUGUCUUGAAAGACUUUUUUAUUUUUUUUUUACAAAAAUAUUUUCCUUUAAUAAGGAUUUUACAUGCCAUAUGUUUCACGGGAUACAAUCAAAAUGUUACAUAAACAGUAUAGGAAACAAUUAUACUAUUUUAGCAUACUUUUUAUUCAAAAUGUCGACAUAUUCUUGUGCCUUCUGAAGUAGAUCAUCAGUAGAUUCUGGAGGAAAUGUUUGAUAGGAUUCAGAUUUAAAUUCAGAAGCAGCGUCUUUUUGUAGUUCUCUGCUGAUCUUUUCUUUCAACUCCUGCAUCAUCUUGGUAUAGUAAAUUUUUAUGCUCUCAUUUGAAGUUCGUGAGGCUGUCUUGAGAGACUUAAAGGGGAAAAUGUUAUUCAUUGAAAGAGGGAAAUACCAGGAAACAAGGACAAUGAGAUAUUACUGUUAAGAUUUGUAAUUUUGAAAAGACAAGUUUCAAAUAUAAGUCUGCAAAGCUUUUUGGAAUAUGGCAGAAAAUCUUAUUUUCUAAUAACAUGUUCUCAGUUGUUUUUAUGGUUUUACUAAACUUCACACUGAAACUUUAUGUUCAAAACUGGAAUCAUUACUUUAUUUAACUAACCAACAACCACAAGAGAAGCUAAUACUAAAUAUUGGGUUAUUGACAAAGGACUCUGAACUCAAAUUUAAUAUUGUGCAACCUACUGUUUGCAUCAUAGGUUAAGAGUUGCAAUUAUAUAUUAAUGCUUUUAAUUGACAAUUGAGCUUUGUUCAUCUUUAGAAAAAAAUAAAUUUCAAAAUAAAAUGCAUCACAGUG